GGAUCUACAACAAAGGACAAAAUACUCCGUUGCCGCGAAUACUGUGUGUCAACUCUUCACACAUUGUCUUAUUCCCUCUUCGAUCAACCAUUGAUGUCGGGACGCCGCGUCUAUGGAUAGACUGCCCGCCUGGUCAAAGCUACAGAGGCCGAGUGUAUGAGAUGUAUUCAAAAUCCAGCGUCUUCGCUAGGGAUCUCGAUAUUUCUCGGUUUCCGAUCGAGCUCCUACACGCUGAACUCGCAAGGCGACAGGACACAGACACCAAACCAGCAUGUGGAUCGUCGCAGAACAACGAGACCUAUCAUCUCGGCAGCCAUGUGUUCGCCCUGUUUCUCAUUCUUAUACUGAGCACGCUGGGUAAGCCGGCCGGUUGUCCUCCUUGAUAGUUACCACUGACGACGGUCUAGCAUGUUCCUUUCCAGUCGUGGCACGGCGCUUUCCUGAAUUACCUAUUCCUCACCGAUUCCUCUUUCUGUCCAGACACUUUGGCACCGGUGUCCUGAUCGCGACCGCGUUCAUUCACCUGCUGCCGACCGCCUUUUCGUCCUUGACCGAUCCCUGCCUCCCCGAUUUCUGGAGCAAACACUUUCGCCCGAUGCCUGGUUUCAUUGCAAUGCUCGCAGUGUUUGUGGUGGUGUCGAUAGAAAUGUUCUUCGCCAGUAAAGGAGCAGGACACAGUCACAGCAACGAAUGGGAGGGAAUACCGGACGAGCCAAGGCAUGUGCACAGCAGAGGAGGUGAAUCGUCUCAUGGAAACGGCCACAUAUCGCUCAAUCAACUAGACACGCCUCUGACGCCGUACAAUGACGGGACACCAAAGCCGCGGAAUUCAAUGUCUAGCGACUCGGGUUCCGACGAUGACCUGGAUGCGCUGGAUCCGAUCGCUGACGAGUCUGCUACUUUAAACCAUCCGCACAAGAGGAAGGAAUCGGAAUAUGAUGACAAUGCAUUGCGUCGACACGCGACCCCUUCGGACGAGAAUCCCCGAAGACUCUUUCUUCAGUGCCUCCUCCUUGAGGCGGGCAUUUUAUUUCACAGUAUCUUUAUCGGCAUGGCCGUGUCGGUAGCCACGGGGACACAGUUUGUUGUUUUACUGAUCGCCAUCUCCUUUCACCAGACAUUUGAAGGUUUCGCAUUGGGAGCCCGCAUUGCGGCUUUGAUACCGAAACUAUUCGACGCGAGUAGCCCCAAGCCAUGGCUCAUGGCGCUCGCCUACGGAACGACAACACCCAUCGGGCAAGCUAUCGGAAUAUGGAUGCGAGAGUUAUAUGAUCCAGCUUCCAAAGUCGGCCUUCUCAUGGUUGGAAUCACCAAUGCCAUUAGUAGUGGCCUGUUGUUGUUCGCUGGACUUGUACAGCUCAUUGCAGAGGAUUUUCUUAGCGAGAAGAGUUAUGAGAGCUUGAAAGGACGGCGAAGGAUAGAGGCUUGUCUCGCUGUUGGGUUGGGCUCCCUUUUGAUGGCCGUUGUUGGAGCCUUUGCAUAGCGUUGUGAAUACUGUAUACGAAGUCACUUAUAAAUCCUCAAGCAUAGCAAUGUACAUCGGAGAACCACUAAUCCAUCGC